GUAGCGCAGCGCUCUUCGCGUGCCCCGGGAGUCCGGAUCCUUCCGGAACCGCCAGCUAUUAGUGGUCACUCCCUCAACGCCAGGAACUGCUCUGAUUAGUUACUGACGGAACCGCCUUAACCGGUAACGGUCCCGUGAGGGCCCAGGCAGAGAUGAGGGAGAGCAACCGUCUGAUCCCCAGAGAUACCACAUCCCUGUGACUAUUACCAGCACUGCCAGGUUAAGGCCGUCUGAAUCAUCAGUGUCAUGGAGCCUCCUGAAGAGAACCCAGGAGAGGCUGAGGUGCUGAGCAUCACACCCCAGCUGCUGAAGUCCCGCUCUGGAGAGUUUGCCCUCGAUUCCAUCCUGUUGCUAAAACUUCGGGGUUUAGGGCUGGUGGACCUGGGCUGUUUGGGGGAGUGCCUGAGCCUUGAAUGGCUUGACCUGUCGGGGAACGCACUUACCCACCUGGGCCCACUAGCGUCUUUGCGCCAGCUGGCUGUGCUCAAUGUCUCCAAUAAUCGGCUGACAGGGCUGGAGCCACUGGCUGCCUGUGAAAACCUGCAGAGCCUCAAUGUUGCUGGCAACCUGCUGGCUGCUCCUGGCCAGCUGCAGUGUCUGGCUGGGCUACAGGGCCUAGAGCACCUGAGACUCCGGGACCCUUUGGCCCGGCUCAGCAACCCGCUGUGUGCCAGUCCCUCCUACUGGGCUGUGGUUCGAGAGCUGCUGCCUGGCCUCAGAGUCAUAGAUGGGGAACGUGUGAGUGGGCAGGGCAGUGAGCUGUACCAGUUAUGCCGAGACCUGGACAGCUCCUUGCGCCCCAGCUCCAGCCCAGGCCCCAGAGCCAUAGAGGCCCAGCCCUGGGUGGAACCUGGUUACUGGGAAUCCUGGCCCAUGAGGAGCAGCUCCAUUCUGGAAGAGGCCUGCCGGCAGUUUCAGGACACCCUGCAGGAAUGCCUUGACCUGGACCGCCAGGCCAGUGACAUCUUGGCCCAGGCCCAGCAGGCUCUGAACCCUGCAGAAACCACCUCUUCCUUUGUCUUCUGAUUGUGCCUCAUAGCCAGGUGUUCUCAGCGUAGUGCUGAUGUCUACAUCCCUUUCCUGCCCCAAGCCUUUGGCUCUGGUUUUCUCUGGUCACUGACCCUGCAAACUCGUGUAUCCUUUUCUUGAGAGCAUCCUAACGCCUACCCUUUAUCUCCCCGAGGACACUUCCUGCCCUCCUUCCACCCAAGCAGGGGCAUGCUUUCUGGGUGACCUCUAGCAGGUAUCGGAGAUUUCCUCACUAUCUGGCAAAUAUUGCAGCUAGGCCCAGGGCAUGCUGAGCAUGGCCUCUCGCUAGUGCCAAGCCUGAGGAUUUGUGGAUAAUGUUACUUGCCACCUGCUAACUCUUACUAAACAGUUCUCUUCUCA